CACUAUUUUUCCACGAAUUGUUCCUCCUUGAAGCGCAUGAUUGAGGAUUUAACAUGUUCGGUAACAAUGCUUUCGGCGCUCUUGCAAUGGAUAGCGCCCCCUCCAGUGCCGGUCCGAGUAAUCAAGUCGUCGAAGGGGAUGAAGUUGAUGUUUCGUGGUUGAAACUCAUCAAGAGGAACCAAGGAGUAGAUGUACGAGUAUCCGAGAAGAUAAACCUUGAAGGGCUACCAGACGAGUGCAGCUUGAUGGCAGUUGUAAAUACUUGGGGAUUGGUUGUUGUUGGUGGCAAUAGCGAUGUUCGGAUACACCGGUUGGCGGAUAUUCACAGGUUGAUCAACGAGGCCCCAGGCGGUAAUAAAACAUUACCCGAGUCUGCGCCAGUACGGACUAUCUCAUUACCGGCUAGACCAGUAUGGGUGAAGUCUGCUGUGAAAGAUGAAUAUCUGGUUGUGGCCACAGCCAAUGGAGCUGGAGUAUUUGUUUGGAAAUUAAGAGACGUCGUGGCUGGCGAUACUUCUCCCCUUCAUUCUUUUACCUCUAACAUCCCAACUACCCUCCUCGAUGUUCUUCCAAACCCGUCAGCCGAUCAAUUGGGAAGAUUAGUAGCACUGGUUGCCAAAGAAGGGCUUGUGAUGGCGGAUGUUGAGGAAGGAAAAUUGAUGCCCCCAGUCGCUGGGCCAUUUACAUGCGCGGGCUGGUCUGCAAAAGGGAAACAAAUCGUUGUCGGCAAGCCUGAUGGCCAAUUGACCCAAUACACCCCUGACGGCACUCCUAAAUCUGAUAUACCCUCUCCUCCUGGUCUUAAUUCUCAUGCCUCUUUCGUCCAGUGGCUUGAAAACGACUUGUUUCUAGUCACUUACGUUCAAAACAUGGAAAGUAUGGAUUCUGACCCUAUCGAGCAAUAUGUCAUUCAUCGCCAAAAGCCUUCCUUCACAUUCACCAAAUUCUACGAUCCACUCAAUGGUAUGGGGUAUCCUUCAAGAUCCGAGGCGUUUAGACAUUUUGCUGGACUUGGCGCUUGGGGAACAGAAUCGAAGCAUUUGGCUUUCAUCAUUUCUGGUGCUGCAACUGAUAUAGCGGUGAUGAAUGGUCGCCCAGACGAAGGAGGGAAGUGGGAGGUGCUCUUCCUGGAUGGAUCCGAGAGAGGCACAAUGCCAGUAGCUAAUCCCAAGACGGGGCGAGAUAACACGUCAACUCUUGGACUUGCUUUUGACUUUACCAGCAAAGACACUGUACAACAGAGUACCGAUGGAACUUUGCCUGACCUCGCACCUCUGCCAAGGUUACUGGCGUACAGUCAAGAGGGCGUCAUUAUUUCUUUCGAUGUCAGGAACCCCGACGCAGGGCCUUAUUCUGGCAUGAUCACCGCACGAGAUAUCUCCUCCGCAGGUGCACCUGCAGAAGACGCUAUGGACAUCGGCGCCGAACCAUCAUCUGUGCCCACCUCUACCCCUUCUGCCCCUAAGCCUGCAGCAUUCGGCUCUGCCUCAGGCUCUACCGCUUUUGGCCAAUCUGCAUUCGGAAAUUCUAAACCAGGUACAUUCGGCGCUUCAGCCUUUGGCGCAUCCUCCAAGCCCUCUACGUUUGGCGCUUCCCCAGCAUUUGGCCAAACUUCUGCCCCGGAUGCUACCGCCGGCUCGUCUAGCCCUUCAGCUGCGUUUGGUCAAUCUGCCUUCGGCUCCUCCGCAAAGCCGUCUGCGUUUGGUACAUCGGCUCUUGGAGCUUCUGGUGCUUCUGCCUUUGGGCAAAGUUCAGCACCGAUUGGAUCCACCUCAAAUGCCGCUUCGCCUGCAUCCGCUUUCGGUGCUGCCAAGCCGGCUUUUGGUGGUUUCGGUCAGCAAUCCAGUCAACCUACAGCGUUCAGCCAAUCAAGCUUUGGAUCAUCAACUGCCCCUUCUGCUUUUGGCCAACCAUCUUCUCCGUCAGCGUUUGGGGGCAAGUCUGCAUUUGGUCAACCGGCCUUUGGUCAGACUGACAAGUCUGCCUCUCCCGCGCCUUCAGCUUUUGGCACGUCAACCACUCCGUCUGCUUUCGGAAAGCCUGGAAACCCCGCUUCCCUUGCCUCUUCUGCGUUCGGCACAUCAUCACCAUCUGCCUUUGGCCAGUCUAAUAAACCAGCGUCUGUCGCGCCAUCCGCUUUUGGUACAUCAACUUCAACAACUCCUGCUUUCACAGGGUUCGGGCCUAAACCAGCGGUAGGAGGAUCGAGCUCUGGUUUCGGGCGGUCUGCGUUCGGGCAAAAGCCUGAAGAAGAGAAGAAGGAGGGUACGUCAGCAUUCGGUCAGUCGGCGUUUGGGGGUGCUAGCGGAAGUGCAUUUGGUGGAAGUGCCUUCGGUACAAGUGCGUUUGGUCAAAAACCGGCAUCAUCCCCUUCCCCUGCGCCUUCUACAGAAGUUUCGAAGCCUCCUGCAUUCGCAGGUUUCGGUCAGCCAAAGACAGAAACUUUCAAGUCCUCACCUUCGCCUGCCCCCUCUGCCAAUGCGGAGAAGAAUGACUUUGGUCUUGGCGGUUUUGCCUCCGCACUCGAGACGUCAAAACCUACAAGUGUACCUGGCUUAGAAGAGUCACCACCUUCAUCCCCUGUCAUGGGUGUUGGAAAGAAACCCGCGGGCUUGGAUGACGAUACGCCGCCCAAUUCACCGCCUGUGAAACCCGCCGUUGCUACCCCUAAUCCUAUCGCUACCCCUGGCGCACCUUCAUCGACCACUCCAUCGUUCUUCAAGCCAGCUACGGCGUUCGGAAACACUGCUCCCAGCUUUGGAUUUGGCCAAGCUGCUGAGAAGAAAACUGGAGCUACAGCUUUUGGUUCGAGCUUUGCGCCAGCCACAGGAGCUCCUGGGUCUACCACUCCCUCGAGUGGAGCCUCAGCGUUCGGAACACCCGCGUUUGGCAAGCCGUCUGCCAUUGGCAGUAGUACAGCUUCCAGUCCUGCUUUUGGUCAACCGUCCAAGCCCACUGGAUCAGCCUUUGGCUUUGGUCAGUCCUCAACUCCUACAGCUCCUACCAGUGUGGCUGCUGCCAAGCCGAUCGGGAACAUUAGCGGUGGAUUUGGAGGUUUCGCCGCGGCGAGUAGCAAGGAACCAGCGAAAGGUUUCGGUGCCUUUGCGAGUGGAGGAGGCUCUGUGUUUGGAGGUGGCCAGCGAUCGUUCGGAAGCAAACCAGCGUCUUCGUCGCCUUUUGGAAAUGCAUCCCCCGCAGCCUCAUCGUUUGGAAGCAAGGCCGGCUCAACAUUCGGUACCAAGCCGUCCCCGCCCGAGGAAAAGAAAGAAGAGGAAGCCAAAGCCUCUGAUGUGCCUGAGCCCAUUACGGCCAAAAGUGUUGCGCCCUCAUUCGCUGAGGUUGUGAAGGAAGAAACAGAGAAUGAGAUGAAAGAAGAGGAAGUCAAGGGUUUCGACGUGCCGGAGCCUAUCGCACAGAAGGGAAAUGCCCCGUCUUUCGCGGAAAUUACCAAAGAAUCGAUCGAGAAAAAUGAGGAAGAUAAACCUGAAGUGCCAGAGCCCCUUGCGUCUAAGGAAAAUGCGCCAUCAUUCGCCGAGAUCACGAAGGAGAACGCCCAGGAGAAGGAUGAGGAUGCAAAGGAGCCCGAAGUCCCGGCUCCCAUCGCUGAAGUAGAAGGAGCGCCAUCUUUCGCCCAAGUUGCUUCUCAUGCACCCGAAUCUACGACACCCACCCAGGAGCCUGCUAAAACUACUGUCGAAACUGCUCAGAUUUUGACCUCUGAGGGAAGUCCUACAAAAUCGAAAACGGAUACCCCCGCCCCUAAGGAAGAUGCGGAUAUUGAAAAGCUGUCUGAGAAGGAGAAGGCAGAAGACGUCGCCAAAUCGGAACAUGAACAGACGGAGGCAGAUACGGAGGAUUCUCGUGAGGAAAAAGCUGUCGCCAAGGAGCAUAAUGAAGUCCCCGAUCAGCAGCAGAUAGAAGGAGGACAAUCCACUCCAUCGGCGGCCGAUACGAAGGCGACCACUCCUCUGGCUGAGCCAGUUAUCGAAGAGCCGCCAUCCGGUGAAUCUUCGCCGAUCGAGUCAGAAGCUGAAGUUGUGGAGCAGGAGGAAGGAGAAUCAAUGAAUGGCGAAGACUUCGGAGACGAGGAACCAUAUGAUGAAGGGGAAAGAGAAGAAGAGGAACACGAUGAGAAUGAAUACGACGAGGAAGCUCAUGAGCAAGAACAGUACGAUGAGGAGGACGAAUAUGAUGAGGAUGAAUACGACGAGGAAGAGCAGUACGGUGAGGACGAAGAGCAGUACGAUGAGGUGGACGAGUAUGAUGAGGAAAGAGAACAGCGCAGCCGUUCACUUUCAUUCACCUCUGAUAUAUCGCCUGUCAAUGAACAAGCGGAAGACUCCGAUGAGAAAGUCGACCACGAGGACGUAGAGAGAGAUGAAGAGGAGGAUGCUGUUUCCGAAAAGCCUGAAUCAAGUGCAAAGAAAUCACCGCCUGCUUGGUUUACAAAGCCCGCCAGCACCCCCACUCCCCCUGCUGACAAGAAAGCUAUUUCCCCUACACCAACGUCUGAAGGCGCUUCUUUCUUCUCUCGACUCAACCCUGCCCCUGCCACCACUGAACAGCCCAGAUCCAGUCUCGAGCCUCCCAAGCUACCCUUCCCUUUCAAACACGCCGCCAAAACAUCUUCACCUCUCUCGGGUCCUCCUCUUGGGCAAUCGACUACUCCAGAAAGUUCCCCCGCCAAACCUGCAAUUGCUAGUGCGUUUGGCUCGUUGGAUCAGAAGCCUACAGAGGCAAUAAAGACAGACACAGACAAAACCAAGACCCCUGUUCCUCCCGGGGGUUUCAGUCUGUUUGGUCAGAAGCCAGCAGACAGCGCCAAGCCACCUGCGCCAGCCAUUAGUCCUCUUGGACAAAAACCAGCGGAGGCCGCGGAGCCUGCGGGACAGAAGCCCUCUACCGUUACAUUUGGUAUAUUCGGCCAGCCCAAGAUUGAACCUAGUAAAUCCCUUCCGUCAACAGAAUCCACAAAGCCUACUGGAACCAGCGGGUUCAGUCUAUUCGGACAAAAGCCUGCAGAAACUACGAAGUCUCUUUUCUCCACCCAACCAUUAACUGUGCCGUCGACCCCAUCUGCCAUCACGACACCCGUUGCAGCUCGUACGAUACCGGAGGAAAAGGCGGCCAAAUCAACUGACUUGGGGCUAGGCAAACCUUCUGCCCCUCCGGGACCAUCGUCACUGUUCUCCAUCAAGCCUGCAGCGAACCCCCAGACGCCGUUUUUUACUCCUAUGGCUGCUGGUCCCGCCACGCCCUCUACUCCCGCUACACCUGCGCGAGCUCCUGGUCCUAGCAAACCAAAGAUUGCGGAUUUGUCUGAUGUAACUGCGCCGACGAGGCCAGAUGUGCCUGAACGACCUGCGAAAGCAACGGCAAUCGAAAAAGGGCCAAUGGGUACUGUGGCGGUCAAAGUCAUUGAACAGCUGAAUGACGAAGUGCAAAGACUCAAGGAUGCUUUGGCUGCCAACGCCGAAUAUCAUCAGCAACUUCGAACUCGCAAUGCUGGUACAGUCGAAUUCCAUGCUCUAGUGAAUCUGGUCGAACAACAAAGCGUCAUUCCAUUCUCCCAGAUUUCUCAGGUCCAACGUUUGAUCGACGAACUUUACCCCACAGUCACCAAGCAAAGAGACUCUGACGCCAUGGCGGAGCGUAAACUUGCUGAUUUGAGAUCCAAGAUGUCGAGAAUGGACAUGAAAAUUGGCCAAGUUGAGAAGCUCAUCAAAGCAAGGAGAGAUUCGAGUUUUUCAGAGGCUGCUCGUCUAAUGGAUCUCGACCCAGAGCAAGCUGCUUACCAAGCCAAGUUACGAAAGGCUACUCAAGAUGCGGAAGGACAAAUCGAACAGCUGGAAAAUUUGCUUGCCGGGUUGAAACGUCGAGCCGAGAGACAAGAACACCGCCAAAAUCCUUCACAACCUCCACUUGAACGCAUUCAGCGUUCCGUUCGUAAUAUUGAUGCUGCCAUCCGAGAAAGGCAACAGACCAUCGAUGAGCUUUCUAGGCGUAUCGCAUCUCUCCGCGUUUCCACUCCUAGGGAAAUCCUUUUGAGUCAGAGCGUUGCUCGCGGCCCGAUUAACUUUGAACCUACCAAGGAGAUGAUAGCUGAGAUAGAAGCAUCAAUGGCGAGCACUGAACCCAAGAGGAAGAGACUGGAGAAGAUUAAGGUCGCCAGAUUGACCAAGCUUUCCGUCCGUCGAGAUGGUGAGGAUGGAGGGACCGUCAAGCAGGGAAGUUUCACCCACGAAUUCGUAGCCAACGGGCCCAUCAUAAUCAACGAGAUCCCUUUACCGGGCAAAUUAUCCCCUCCUCCUUCGCCCGCUACAGAAUCCCUUCCUUAACUGUUACAAUUCCAUCGAAAGGUUUCAGAGUGGAAAUAGGAUCGGAUUGGAGGCAGAUGGAAGUAUUAGAGUCAAGGAGUUGUUAUCAUUAGUUUAGUUUCUUCAUCUAUAUAUCCCACAAUGCAAUUCCGGGAGUAAUCGUCGU